AACAAUAAAGCACAAUAAAACACGAGCGGACACAGAAAAAAAGCUAGAAAAUAGUAAAAAAAAAAAACGCAAAGAACAGAAAAAACUGUGACAUUAAAAUUAUUCACAUUUUCUCAGUUAGAAUCAAACGUUAGAUGAAAGAAAACGUAACUCAACGGCACACAACGAACGGCAAUAGUCACAAAGCCAUUCUAGCGAAGGAAAAAAAGAAAUUGAAUUAAAGGAAAUCUAGAAAUUCCACAUUUUAAAUAAGCUAAUACUUUAUGCAAAUGCUUCAUAAGAAAAAAUAAAACAUUCUACAUCAUUUUUUCAUUCAAAUCUUUUCGAGCCAUCAAAUCUGUUACUUCAUCAGCAAAGCAGAAACAUUCCCACAAAAGUACUAAAAACAUAAGAAAGCAAUAAAUGUGAUAUUUAGUUAAUUAAAUAAUCAAGAAAAUAAUGUUGUGAUAACUCGAAAAUCGCAGAAAAGAAACACACUCAAAUCCAUAUAGACUUAAAAAAACUAAACUUCGCUAUCAUAAAUAAUUUAAAAGACUAAAUGCUAAAAAAAAAUAUUAAACAAUUGUAACUAGAAAAAAAAAUAAAACAGUUAUAAAAACAAAAAAAAAAAAAGAAUAUAAUAACGUAAUAAGUAUGUGAAAAAGAAACACAUUGUUUAAAUGUGCAAAUGCUUCCAAGAAACAAAAAUCCAAAAUUCCAAAACAAAUGAUUUCGUUCAUUCAUCAGUAGUGCUGCACUUCAACGUUUAUAAGGAACAACAAUUUCCAUAUAGCAUAGCAACACUUACAUCAGCAUCAACAUCAACAUUAGCAUCAGCAUCAAUAUUAGCAUUUGCAACAUUAGCAGCAUUUACCAUUAACAGCAAAUUCAUGUGCCACAAACGUUGCAGCAACUAUUGCAAGUCACAGAAAAUACUGCAAAGUAAACAACAACAAUAAAACGUGUAUAUUAAUGUUAACAGCAUUAUCUGCUUAACAUAAUUAUAUAUAUGUGUAAUAAAGUGCAAUAAAGUACUACCAACAGCGCGCAGGAUAAAUACUGUUAAAAAGCAACAAUAUCUCUGGCAACACUGACGAUUCUGGCAACAUUGAAGCUAAGCACACACAAAAAGAGUCUAAAGCACGAUUACUUACUGCAACCGUUGAUAGAUUUGAAACUGGCUUUAAUGCUUUGUCGCCUAUUGCAGCAUUAUAAAUCUACUGCAAUCAAAUACAAUUGCAACACUGAAAACUUAUGAAGCAGAGCACAAAAACCGUCACAAAAGAGCAUAUUUUUUUAUAAAAAAAAAAUACAUUAAAAGAAAUUCCGGCCACAUUCAAUCCCAUAUAUAUGAAAUACGCCCAAAUAUAGAAAUAAGCCAGAAGACUGAUCGCCAACAUUUCUCUUGAAAACGCCCGACUCAAAAAACAAGAUACAAUAACAAAGAUUAAGAAUCAAGUUUAUAACUUUAACAUAAGUAACAUGUCUCAACCGAAUUCUGCAACAUUUCAGCAACAAUUGCAAUUGCAACCAAAUACUGCUGUCUCAGCGGAAAGUCUUUUAAAUAAUGCAUUCGAUUUAAUUGGUGGCGCUACAGCAGCCCAGCAAUUUCUUAACCAUCACAUGGACUUGUAUGCACAGCAACAACGGCAACAACAACAACAACAUCAACAACUGCAGCAGCAGCAGCAGCAAUUAAAUAAUUUUCAUCAUUCUCCGCAACAAAGUUUACAUUCAUCUUCGACAUCUUCGUCUCCAAGUACAAUACAAACAAGUUUUAACCAACACUUGAACCACAACCACAACCACAACCACCAACACCAUCACAACCAACAUUUAAAUAAAAAACAUUCCAUAUCGUUGACAUCAUCGCCUAUACCAUCUUCACCGAUAUCGACAACAAUGUCAUCAAUAAAUGCAACAACAUUUAAUAAUGUUAUUGCGAAAUCUCAAACAAAAUCACAUUUUAAUUUGCAUAAUCAUCACCAGAUGGAUGCGCAACAGCAACAAUCGCCACAGCAACAGCAACAGCAACAGAAUACAAAUGUAGCUGCACAAACAACACUUUCCAAUAAUAACAACAGCAAUAAUAGUAGUAAUAGUUCCUCUGCUGCAUCACCAACAGUAACAACAGCUGCAGCAACUUCAACGGCAUCAUCUACAACACAACAACAGCAACAACAGGUGCAACAUUCACAACAGCAUCAUCAUCAGCAUCAACAUCAGCAUCAGCAUCAGCAUCAACAUGGCAGCAAUGUGUCGCCAUAUAAGUCCUGUUGGUGUUAUGGUGAGUCAGUUUGUUCUGGAAUUGAGGUUGAAAUUGAAAAUAAUAACAAUCAUUUUCUUCAUGGUGACACAACUUAUCACAUGAAGAUAUUGGUGCCUGCUGUGGCCUCUGGUGCCAUUAUAGGCAAAGGUGGUGAAACAAUUGCCUCUUUGCAAAAAGAUUCUGGUGCUAGAGUAAAGAUGUCCAAAUCGCAUGAUUUUUAUCCAGGCACUACUGAACGUGUGUGUUUGAUUACUGGUUCUGUGGAUGGCAUCAUGUCGGUGCUAGAUUUUAUUAUGGAUAAAAUACGUGAAAAGCCUGAUUUAACUACAAAAAUUAUUGAUGCUGAAUCGAAACAAACUCAAGAGCGUGAUAAGCAAGUCAAAAUCUUGGUGCCCAAUUCCACAGCCGGCAUGAUAAUUGGCAAAGGUGGUGCUUUCAUUAAACAAAUCAAGGAGGAGAGUGGCUCUUAUGUACAGAUCUCGCAAAAGCCGAAAGAUAUUUCAUUACAGGAACGUUGCAUCACCAUAAUUGGCGACAAAGAGAAUAACAAAAAUGCCUGUAAAAUGAUUUUAUCGAAGAUUGUAGAAGAUCCACAAUCAGGUACGUGUCUAAAUGUGUCAUAUGCUGAUGUCAACGGUCCAGUUGCUAAUUUUAAUCCGACUGGGUCACCCUACGCGACUAAUCAAAAUGCCAUCAACUCGAGUACCGCUUCACUUAAUUCAACACUUGGUAAUGCUAUUGGUGGUGCUGCAACCGCUGCAGGUUUACUAGUCAACGGAACAGGUAUAAAUUUGUCAUUAAACUUAGGUUCACCAAAUCCAGCUCCAAAUUUGGCUGUAGCUACACAAUUAUUGGAACAUAUUAAGGUUGCAAUGCGUGGAACAGGUUAUUCGGAAGCCGCCACAACAGAAGUUUGUGCUGCACUUGGUGUGCUAGCCAAAUAUGGUGUGCUUGGCAUGGGUGUCGGCGUACCGCACGCCAACGGCGCACACACUACUCUCGGCAGCUAUUUGGGCGUUUCGGCGCUCGACCAGCAAACCGCCGCUGCUGCGUCAGCCGCAACAGCUGGUAACGUGUUUGGCGCCGUCGGUCAAGUAAAUUUGGAGCAGUACACCGCCGCUGCCGCAGCUGCUGCUGCUGCUGUUGCCAACCGUCCAACACAAUCACAGUUGGAGGCAGCCGCCGCAGCCGCGCAGUUCGAUCCAUUCCGUCAUUUAGGAUCAGCUGCACAAGCAACCACACCUGUUUCAUUAAAUAACAAUAGCUUUGGAUUAACCGCCGCCACUGGCACUGGCAACACAGCGCAAGCUUUAAAUGCCGCCUCACUAAGUGGCAUGAGUAAGAGUCCCACACCGGGUGAUUUAGGUGCCAAGGAUACAAAGAAUGUUGAAAUCCCAGAAGUAAUUGUUGGGGCUAUAUUAGGUCCGAAUGGGCGUAGUUUAGUUGAAAUACAACACGCUUCUGGCGCAAAUGUGCAAAUUUCAAAAAAGGGCAUUUUCGCACCUGGCACUAGAAAUCGUAUUGUAACUAUAACUGGUCAACCGAGUGCCAUUGUCAAAGCGCAAUUUUUAAUUGAACAGAAAAUCAACGAGGAGGAGACAAAAAGAGCGCGACAAAUUCCAUUAACCACUGUUGUGAAUUAAUUUUACAAGAAACUCUAAGAAAAAUAAAAUAAAGAAAACAAAAAAGGAGAUCAAAUAAUAAACA